AUGACCCUUGUUCUGUUGCUGGCCGCAGUAUGCGGUGUGAUUCCAGGUGCAAUUAGCGGUGGAUUCGGUGGACUUGGCGGUGGCGGUUUCAGCGGUGGCGGCUACGCUGGAGGAUUCGGAUCAAGCCUAGGAUCCGGCUUGGGCUCCGGUUUGGGUUCGAGCUUCGUAUCAGGAGCGGGCUAUGGCGGCGGCGGCGGCGGCGGCGGCGGCGGCGGAGGUGGCCAGGCCUAUGCAGUCGGACCAGCGUACCUGGUCAAGCCCCUGCAAGGCGGUGGUGGAUUCGGCGGUGGCAGUUUUGGAGGCGGCCUCUCAUCUGGCUACGGCGGAGGAGGCUACAGUUCCGCAUUCGGAUCCGGACACAGUCUUGGUGGCGGCUACGGUGGAAGCCUUGGUGGAGGCCUCAGUGGAGGCCUCAGUGGAGGCCUCGGUGGUGGCGGAUUCGGAGGCCAUGGCGCUAGCUCUAAAAUUGUGGUCCUCAAGGGAAGCGGAGGGGGAGGGUAUGGCGGUGGUCUUGGUGUUGGUGGAGGGUUCGGAGGCUUCGGAGGAGGACAUGGCUUCGGCGGCGGAAUGACAGGGGGGAUGACAGGUGGAUGGUGGUAA